UGAUGCCUAACCCUAAGCAGGAAGUUAUACUGAAACCACAACAACACUUUGCCAUUUGCUCUAUUUCAGCUUUGACAAAAGAGUAAGCGAAUGUCAGGGCUCGCUCGAGAUCUUGUCUGUCUGUGUCAACGCUGACUGUUCAGGGAUUGUUCUGGGCUUGCUUGGUUCCUCGUCAGCGCCAGGACAGGUGUUCCACCAUGGCUGGAAAGGACCUGCUGCUUUUGCUUACCUGCAUAUGGCCGCUGAGUCACUCCUCCGAGCAAGCGGCCCUGCGCUUCGCGGGCCUGGGGGACUGGGGUGGCAUCCCCCUGCCCCCCUACCACACCCCUCACGAGAGCGCCAUCGCCGCCAGUCUGGGGGCGGUGGCCCAGACCACAGGCCUCGACCUGAUCCUCAGCCUGGGAGACCACUUCUACUUCGACGGGGUGAAAAACGUGGAUGACCAUCGCUUCAAGCACACCUUUGAGAACGUGUUCUCCCUGCCCUCCCUGCGAGGCAUCCCCUGGUACCUCGUGGCGGGGAACCACGAUCACCGUGGAAACGUGUACGCCCAAAUCGCCUAUUCCAACCAAUCAGAGAGAUGGAAUUACCCAGAGCUGUACUACGAGCUGAACUUCCAGGUUCCACACACGAACGUGUCGGUGACGGUCCUGAUGAUAGACACGGUGGUGCUGUGCGGGAACACCUACGACCGCCUCCAACCCGGGGGCUGCCAGGACCCCCGCGCUGCCGACCUGCAGCUUAGCUGGAUCAACUCUCGCCUGGCAAACAGCAAGUCAGAGUUUGUGGUCGUGGCAGGGCACUAUCCUGUCUGGUCCAUCGGUCACCACGGCCCCACAACAUGCCUUGUGGACCGUCUGAGACCGCUGCUGAAGAAGUACGCUGUGACAGUCUACCUGUGCGGACACGACCACGACAACCAGUUUAUCAGAGAGGAUGAUGGGAGUUCCUACGUGGUCAGCGGGAGCGGGAACUUCGACGACCACGACUCCUCCCACCAACGGAGCAUCCCGUUGUCCUGGCAACGGUUCUCCAGCGCUGUCAAUCAAACGUCCGGAGGAUUCGCUUUCUUUGAAGUCACAGAGACGGAGAUGACGGUCAGCUACAUUCAGACAGACGGGAAAUGUGUGUAUCAAACAAAAAUGGAUAAGCGCAAACUGUGAACAAUUAAGAGGCCUGAGUGGAGAGUCAGCUGUGUUUACAGUCUGGCAUAUAGCCUAUAGUACUGUACAAAAGUCUUAGGCACAAAUACAAAUUAAAUACUUAAAGUAAAACAAAAAUACUUUGGGAAAUAAUGAAAUAGAAAAGACGAAACAAAAAGGUUCUCAACGUUGCACUUUAUACUUUAGGGUAGUGAUUCAGAAGACAAAACAUGAAUAUGUAAGAUCAUAUUUAUGUAAAAUUAUUAGGUGCCUAAGACUUUUGUACAGACCUGUACGUACUGUAUGUGAAUGUUAUAGUGAUUAUAAUUUUUUUAAUUAUAAACACGUCAAUUAUAGUGUUUUAUGUUUUAAAGUGUGAAACCACUUGAUUGUACAUUUCAAGUAUGAAUUGAAAAUGUUCGAAGUGAUGAAACGUAUUUUUUACGUAUGUAAGGGUGGUCAAAUACAAAAUAACCCAAAUGAG